AUGGGAUUCGCUCGCACCCGGUGUGAUCACUGCGUGUUUGUUUGGAGAAAAGGCACCACCCACAUCAUUGUGCCGGUCUACGUCGACGAUCCGACGAUUGUUGGCAGGACCAAGGCAGACAAGGAUGCCGUAAAGGCUGAACUUGCUCGCCGCUUCAAACCGCGUGAUCUCGGGCCCAUCUCCUUGCUACUGGCCGUCGGUAUCACUCGGGACCGUGCCAAGCGUCGGUUAUCCAUGGAUCAGCGCCGUUACACUCAGGACAUGCUGGACACCUUUGGAAUGACCGACUGCUCGCCGGUGCUCACUCCUAUGGAUCCAAACACUCGCUUGUCCGCGUCCAUGUCACCCCAGACUCCGGAGGAGAAGGCAGAGAUGGUGGGAGUUCCCUACAUCAAUGCCGUGGGCGCCCUGCUCUACCUGGCCAUUGCCACUCGUCCAGACAUUGCCCAUGCGGUGGGAGUGCUGUCCCGGUUCUCUAAGAACCCAGGUCCGCGUCAUUGGACCGCCGUGAAGCAUCUAUUUCGCUACUUGAAGGGCACGCUUGACUACAAGCUGACCUUUUGGCCGGACGAGUCAGGAGAGCCGUUCACCUCCUUUGUGGACGCCGAUCACGGUGGCAACCCUGACGACGGGCGCUCUACCUCCGGGUUUGUGCUCAAGAUCGGCUCUGGAGCUGUAAGCUGGUCCAGCAAGCCCCAGACGACCGUUGCACUGUCUACAACCGAAGCCGAGUAUGUGGCAGCCUGCUAUGCCGGCCGAGAGGUCCUUUGGCUUCGCAACUUGCUCUCUGAGCUCGGGUUCGAAGCUACAGCCGCUCCCUCGAGACUCCGGAUAGACAACCAGUCUGCCAUCUCUGUGGCCAAGAACCCAGAACACCAUGGGCGCAUGAAACACCUUGAUUUGGCGUUCUAUUGGCUCAGGGACACCGUUGAGGCCGGUCUCAUCACUGUGGACUACAUUCCGAGGUCCCAGAUGCCUGCGGACGCUUUGACCAAGGCUCUAGGUGCUGCCAAGGUCGCAGAGUGCGCCAGGAUGAUGGGAUUGACUUCUCCAUCAGGUGGGAGUGUUGAGGAUGGUGAUGGAUCAGUCUAG